AUGUGGCUCAAUGUUAGUGCUGCCCCCUUUAUGCUGACUGGCUUCCCAGGUAUGGAGGCAGCCCAUCACUGGAUCUCCAUCCCCUUCUUUGCAGUCUACUUCUCUGUGCUUCUUGGCAAUGGCACCCUCCUCUACCUCACUAAGGAUGACCACAGUCUCCAUGAACCCAUGUACUAUUUCCUGGCCAUGCUGACAGGCGCGGACCUCAUGGUGACACUGACCACAAUGCCAACUCUCAUGGGCGUUUUAUGGUUGAAUCACAGGGAGAUCAGUCAGCGGGUCUACUUCUUGCAGGGCUACUUCAUCCACUCUCUUUCUAUCGUAGAAUCAGGUGUCUUGCUUGCCAUGGCCUAUGACCAUUUUAUUGCCAUUUGCACCCCUUUGAGGUAUAACUCUAUUCUUACUAAUUUCCAGCUCAUGAAAUUAGGCCUGUGGGUACCGAUGAGGGGCUUUUUAUCUGUUUUGCCCCCAAUUAUGCCACUCUAUUUUUUCCCGUAUUGCCGUUCCCAUGUUCUUUCUCAUGCUUUUUGCCUCCACCAAAUUGUCAGGAAACUUGCCUGUGCUGAUAUUACAUUUAAUCGUGUGUACCCAGUUAUUCUGGUUGCUUUGACUUUCUUCCUAGAUGCUCUGAUCAUUGUCUUUUCUUAUAUCCUAAUUCUUAAGACUGUCACUGGCAUUGUCUCUGGAGAGGAAUGAGCUAAGGCCCUCAAUACCUGUGUCUCCCAUAUUAGCUAUGUCCCAGCCUUUUAUGUCACCAUAAUUGGCUUAACUUUCAUCCACCGGUUUGGGAAACAUGUAUCGCAUGUGGUCCACAUUACUAUGAGCUAUUUCUACUUUCUCUUUCCUCCACUCAUGAACCCCAUUAUAUACAGCAACAAGACCAAGCAGAUUCAGAGAAGCAUCGUUGGCUUAUUCUCUGUGCACAAUAGAGCUUAA